AUGAGAUUGUCUCUUGCAGCACUGGCUUCACUGCCAGUGCUUGUUGCCUCGUUAGCCUCGACCGAUUCCUACCGUGACGCUGAUCUGCCUCAAUCAGGCUACCUUCCAAACCACAACUUGGACCCCAACGUCGCAGGCUCUUCGAGCUUCAAGAACUUAUGGACGUUUAUGUCCCCUGUUGCCAGAGAACAAUGGCUGGCCAAGCCCCUCGUAUAUACGCCCAAUGGCCAAUCCGAGCUCGUCAUCACAGCUUCUGAGAUGAACAUCGUCCGUGUUUUUGACAGCAAGACGGGCAACGUAUUGAACACCAGGACGCUUCAGCCUCCUUUCAGUGCCGCCGACAGCAACUGCGGCGACAUUCCCGACUGGAUUGGUGUCACUGGUACUCCCAUCAUCGACCCCAACACCGACAUCAUGUACCUAUUCUCCAAAGGCUACAAGGACGGGACCACUUCCGGCACCGCCAAUGGAGUCUACAAGAUGUACGCUAUUCGGAUUCCCAGCCUCGAAGACGUUGCCGGCUUUCCGGUUCUCAUCGAUGGCAUGAAUGCCGACAAUGAUCCCGCCCGCUACUUUGUCGGUGGCGUGGCCCUGCAGCGGCCGUCCUUGACCGAGCUCAACGGGCAUAUCGUUGCGGCGUUUGGAUCCCACUGCGGUCGUUGGAACUACACCGGCUACCUUAUCUCGGUCAGCAAGACCCCGGGCGUCGGUCCAGUCAGUAUGUGGGCAACCGAAGCCGCGCCGGGCGCCCCCAAUCCUCAACCGCUCGACUUGGCCACCGAAACAGGUGGUAAAGCAGGCAUCUGGCAGAGCGGCAUGGGAUUGCCUACCAUCGGCAACAACAUCUUCUUCGUCACUGGCAACGGCCAAGGACACGCCAAUGGCAACGUGCCUGCGAGUGGCAGGCUUCCCAUGUCGACACUAGACGAGUGUAUUGUGAGGAUGGAGCUAUCCGCCGCUGGCAAGCUCUCCUUGAUCGACUAUUUCCAACCCUACGACUACAUCGGCCUCGAUGCCGGCGAUCGCGACGUUGGUUCCUCCGGAUUGGCCGUUUUGGACCCUUCCGUCUUCAAGGGCGCCGGAGUCAACCGAAUCGGUGUGACUGCGGGAAAGAAGGGCCGUACUUAUGUGGUGAAUGCCGACAACCUUGGCGGUUUUCGACAAGCUCCAGAUGGCGGGGACGGCGUGCUGCAGACCAUCGAGCUUGGAAAUUCUGUCUAUGGUGGAUUUGGUAGCUACCCAGCCGAAGGUGGUUACAUUUAUGCAUCCUCCAUCGGUGGCAGUCUCGUUGCAUACAAGCUUGGGUUCGACUCCAAGGGCGCGCCCCAGUUCAGUCUUGCAGGAAAGUCAGCGUGGGUCUCUGCCGGUCGAGUCGGUGUCGGCCAGAUCACUGUCACAUCUGACAAUGGAAGACUAGGCACCGGAAUUGUUUGGGUCACUGAUGUCAACACCGGUCUCAUGGCCUUCCGAGCCGUUCCCCAGGAUGGUGUCAUGGUUCCUCUCACUCUCCCAUCGUCCCAGGGAACGAACAAGUACCAGCGUCCUGUCUUCGGAGACGGCCGCGUCUUCUUCCACGCCAACAACAACAAGCUCGUAUGCUUUGGAGCUCCCGUCAACUCUGCUGUGAACUGCACCAGCCCGGUUGAGUUUGGCUCCCUCGAGAUGGGAUCUACCGCCAGCGCCAAAGUCAGCUGUAAAGCCAACGUUGCACUCACAAAAGUCAAUGGCUGUUCCGUCUCAGACCCCUCGUGGACGUGUUCCAACUCAACUCUACCACAGGGCGCUGUGGCCGCGGGCACUUCCUUUUCGCUGGAUGUGACGUGGGACCUCUCCAACCCAGCCGCCAAAGUUGUGCCUGGCUUCUUCACCAGCGCGUUGACUCUGUCGAUUAGCGCAUCGGCAGAUUACGCCUCAACCACCGUAGUGUCACUUCAAGGAACUGCUGUCAAGCAAGGCCCUUUCCUCAGUGCGACCCCUUCCGAUAUCACCUUUGGAAGGCUUGUGCUCCGAGACGCUCCUGAUGGUUUGACUGCCACAGCUCUGUUGCAAAACGCGGGCAACGGCACUCUGACCUUUACUGGCUUUGCUUGGCAAAACGAUGCCGGCACUUACACCAAUAUCACUGGCGAUGGCGGUUUGGGCUCCGGCUUUUCAUCGUCCAACUUCCCCGCUGCCGGCUCCUCCCUUGGAUCUGGCCAAAGCUUGUCUGUCCCGCUUCGAUUCUUCCAGCAGGCUUCUGGGUCGUACACGACAAAGAUAGCCAUCUGGUCCAAUGGUGGUACGGCUGUUCUCACGCUGAGCGGCUCCGUCAACGACCCGCCCGCUGUGACAUUUGAGUUGGCAGACGGUCUUGGCAACUGGAACGCACUCUCGGACUACAAGGUCACGUUUGGAAAUGUUCUUGCCGGCGCCUUGGUCGAUAAACAGAUCCGUGUUUGCAACAAGGGCGGUGCACCUCUAACGAUAACCAUCUCUAAGCCACCUGCGUCGCCUCAGUUGUUUGCUCUUAACCCUAACCACGAGCUCACUGAAGGGACACAAGUUCCGCCGGGCACAUGUUCGGUAGGCAGUGUUGGCGUACACGCAGCCCCUGUCCAGCCGAACCACCCGUCCCAGCCUGUUAGCGCUCUGUGGACUAUCAGCACCGAUGGCAACGACCCUGUAUCGGGCCAAGCUUCCGGUUUACACAACAUCCUUUUUGAGGGUACCGUUGUUACCAAGCAAGUUGGACCUCUUCUCACGAACGGGACUGCGCGCUAUCAGUGGGUGGGAUGUUUCAAAGACACUACCAAUCUCGGCCGUAACCUGGCGAACUCAGUCAACAACGCCGCCCAGCAGAGGACGAACACUCUCCAGCAGUGCCAGGGACUUUGCCUCGACAGAGGCUUCAUUCUGUCUGGCGUCCAAUACCAUCAGGAAUGCUGGUGUGGAGGAAACAUUAAGAACCCCUCCACCUAUACGCAGGAGUCUCUCAACCUGUGCACUUUUGAUUGCACGGGCGAUGAUACCCAAGCUUGCGGCGGCGACAACGGACAUAUGAGCCUGUACGCCGACAUUACCUCUUUCGAUAUCCAAGGCUUCUAUGGGUCGCUCAAUGCCCCUAGCUCAAGCUCAUCGGUGCGGGUGGCGACGACCUCUAGCACCAUGGCAGCAUCUUCCAGUAGGGUGAUUCCAGCCACCUCAUCAAGCGCGUUCUCUUCGGCUAGCAGCAGCACAGCGUCAUACAGCUCUGUGGCAUCCAGCGUUCUCUCGUCAGCCACAUCAACUUCGCUGUCCUCCAGCAGCAGUGUUUUCUCUUCGAGCGGCUUCGCCAGCUCUUCGGUUUUAUCCAGCAGCGGCGGCGGCGGCGGCGACGGUGGCAGCAUCACUACCACAAGCACCAUCGCUUCGUACACCUCCACUUCCACAACUGCUUCGUCGAGCCCGACGUCGACGAUGGUUAUGUCCCCCCUGAACCCCCGCAUGCCCGAAGUCGUCAAUGGACAGUGGCGAUACGCCGGUUGCUAUAAAGACCUUGUCAACAGCACACGCCUUUUGAACGAAGCUUUCUUGGCUGCCGAUGACAUGAGCUUGGACAAGUGCGCUGCAUUCUGCGGUGCGGGCGCAUUCAAUGGCGGCGCCUUCAACUAUUUUGGUGUCGAGUACAGCCGCGAGUGCUACUGCGGCUGGGAUGUCAAAGCAGCGGAGACGAAAACCUCGGAGCAGGAAUGCUCCGCAUCAUGCGCAGGCUCCCCCGUUGGUUUGUGCGGAGCAGGAUACAGGCUUUCAGUCUACAGAAACACGGUCCCCAACCAGAUCCCGAGUGCUCCUCAGCAUGUGCCGCAAGCAAACGACUACAAGUUCCUGGGCUGCCAGUCAGAGGGCGUCAACGGCCGCGCGUUGACCGGAAAGUUUACCGCCGCAGACACAAUGGCUGUCGAAGAUUGCGCUUCCUUCUGUUCCAUCGACGGAUGGAAACUCAUGGGUGUGGAGUACGGCCGUGAAUGUUUCUGCGGCAACUCGACCAACGCCGGAUCUGUGCCCGCUCCGCUCGCGGAGUGCAAUAUGCUCUGCAUGGGAAACAAGUUCCAAUACUGUGGUGCGGGUAGCCGUCUUGACCUCUACCAACUCUCCCCGCUUGCCUCUAGCGCGUCUUCAAGUAUCGUGGUGUUUACGAGCUCUGCGGUUUCGAGUUCACCCUCUAUCCUCAGCUCGUCAAUCCCUGCAUCUGACGGUGCUGUCUUGUCUACCGCGUCGUCGACCGGUAGGGUACCUACCGUUCCAGCAUCAACGACGGCCAGCAGUUUGAGCGGCACGGCACCAAGCACAACAAUAGGGCCCGUGGCUACAGCCACCAAUGGCUACUACUACGUCGGCUGCUUCCAGGAUACCAACACGGGCCAUGCGCUUCCCGGGUUGUUCGCAAACAACAGCGUCACCCCCGAGCUCUGCAUCGACUAUGCCAAUUCAAAGUUUAGCAACUCGCCGACCUCGACAACGAAGAUGCCAUAUGUCUUCCUCGAGUACUACCACGAGUGCUACGGAGGUGCCACUUUCGACUUCAAGGGCGCUGCUGUCACCUCGCUGGUUGGAAACAAGGCUUGCAAGAACUACUGUUACGGCAGCGUCAGCACAUUCACCACAAGUGGCAAGGUCACUACCACCACUGGCACGGCCAACUAUUGCGGCGGGGCCCGGAUGUUCGACCUGUACGCGUUGUCAACCCCCGUCGCUUUCCCAACAACGGGUGGUCCUCUGGUCACUAGGACAGUGAACUGA